AUGAACAAGUAUUUAAAAUUAGUUCAGGUAAAAACACCUUAUAAUGAAAGAAUUUCACGAUUAAGAAAUAGAAUAUUUGGAGAUCCACUUACUAAAAGGCAACAGGAAUCGAUGAGAGUUGUUAAACUAUUUUCAGAAAAACCAUUGUAUAAAAGAACAGAAGUUGUUGACUAUUAUCCAAAAUAUGGAAUAAUUGAGGAAUUAAUGGUUUAUUUAAGAAGGUACGGAUUAUAUCGUGAUGAACACAAAGAUUUUGUAGAACACAUGGAAAAGGUGCGUUUAGCUAGAGGAAAACCUAAAUGGAAACCGAAGAGAAUUUCCAAAAAUAGUUAA